AUGUCCAGCAAGCGGCCAUUUCUGUCCGAUCUUGUCCGCGACUCCAAGAUAAACACUGAGUUCCUCGAAUCUUGCAUCCAGCAUGUUUUCCAUGAAGCGGGACGGUCAUUGCAACAGCGGCUGAUCCGGAGAGAAGAGCGCUGGGUUAGGCAGAGACCUCUCGGCCAUGGCGCAUACGGAACUGUGUAUCUCGAGAAGAGGGAAGAUGGCGGAACUGGAGAGUUACGGGCGGUGAAAGAGCUCAAGAAGUCGAUUGUGGCAGGACAUGAGUUGGACUAUGCUAGGGAGCUGGAGGCUAUCAUGAAGUUCUCACAUCCACGGUAUAGGCACUGCUUCGUGAGCUCAAAGGGUUGGUAUGAGCACCAAGAUUCUGUUUUUAUCACGAUGGAAUUCCUUGAACUCGGUGAUCUCCAGCGCUACCUCACACGACCACUACCCGAAUCCCAAGGGCAAGAAAUUACGAAGCAAACCCUCGAAGGCUUGAACUUUAUGCAUGACAAUGGCUUCAUCCACCGCGAUCUGAAACCGGCAGUGAGCCAAAACGAGUCUCUAUGUACGAACAUGGGAAGGCUAACUCAACUUCAGAAUAUCAUGGUCGUCACCAAGGGCCCAAACUGGUUCGUAAAAAUCGCAGAUUUUGGCAUCAGCAGGCGCCGACAUCAAGGCGUUACCACCCUCCUUACAUUAAAGCGCGGGACACUGGGUUUUGCAGCCCCAGAAGCUCUCGGCAUCGAGUCAGAUCUCACCUACUCGUUCUCAGUCGACAUGUGGUCGUUGGGCGCUGUUGUGUACAGGAUACUCACAAACGCUUCUGCUUUUUCGUAUCUGUCCGACAUGUUCCGUUAUGCCGCUGGCAUGUUGGAGUUUCCGGAAGAGAAGCUCAAGUUACACAAUGUCUCAGAACUUGGACGCAACUUCAUCAUCGAGCUCAUGCAGCCUACUCCCGAGGAUCGAUUGUCCGCGGCGCAGGCGAUGCUUCACUCGUGGUUUACUACACCACUUCCCCCCAUGGUUGAAGGUGCAUCGGACAUGUCCUAUUCCACAAUAGAAGAGGAGGAGGAUGACAUCACAGAUGUAUCGAUGCCCUCAAAGACAUGGAGUAGUGAUGGUGAAGCCACGAUACGAACUUCUGUUCCUAUCAGGACUAAACAAUAUCACCAAGCCACGGACCCUACAGCGGCCCCAAAAGCGCGAUAUCCUGACGAUCGAACGGCGAUACCAGCGCAUCCCACUGUCUCUGAGUCUAACUACAAACCCCCAUCAGUCGACGACUGCUCAGACGACAACCAUGAGAGUGAUCCACUCCCAAAGCUCCCGAGUGAUUCAAAAUGGGUUCUAGACCUAGACAAUGACCUCGAAGACUACAACACCUCCGAAGGAAGCACGACAGAAAGCGAGCAAGACAGUACAGAGGACAGCAUACCAGAGGGUCAAGAUUAUACGAUCCCGAUACGUCACGCUCAACCUAUCAAUACUGAGGAGAGUUCCGGGACAGACUGUACGGACAAUGAAUCAGAAUACGAAAGCGACACCGACUCAGACGUCGAAGCGGAAGAUACUGCGACGCCCCAAGAUCCCGUGGAAGACACCCCAAAAGACUCGGUCAAGCCGGCCAUCAUGGUCGACUGCAAAGGUUGUGGCGUUUCUUACGAGUGGGAGGGCGAAUAUAUUCAACGUCUCCCAUGCCAGCACUACAUGUGCCAUCUCUGUCUCUAUCAGUACCUAGCCCUGUCUCUCAUAUCGCCCAAGUACAUGUCAGCUCGAUGCUGCGAUAGUGACAAAGGAGAAAUCGGACAAGAAUCCUUUGGAAACAUUAUCGUUGACCCAUGGAUCACCGCCGCCUGGAAGAAGUAUGAGCAACUAAAGGACAACGACGACUGGAGAUGCCUUCGCGGACAUCCAGCAAAAGGCGGCUCACUCAUCGUCACUGUCGGAUCACGAAACUCGCCCCCAAUAUGGAAGGAAGUGGUCAAUUGCACGGGCUGUCUUACCCAAACACGACACAUCGACGGCAGUGUCAAAGAGGUGCGACCAACCUCAUUCUGCCUUCUAUGCCUCGGAGAAGUUUCAGGGAAUGUAUGCAACCUAUGCGAGCAGAACUCAGUCGUGUGGCCGUUUGUCAGCUAUGUGCAGGACAGAAUUGACGCUCCCGUAUGCUGGCUGUCAUCUGUUCUCAAAUUUGCUUGUCGUGACAGGCUUACCAUCAGGAACGGGGGCAGUCAGCUACAGUUCCAGACCUUGGCGGAGUUGAAGGGACUACCCCCUCCUGAUGAGGGACAGUCUGGGUCCGAGGAGGAACAUCCAAACGGCGAUGUCAAUGACGACUCCGCCGACGCACAGAAGCCGGAGCCACAGAAGCCGGAGCCCCAGACGCCGGAGUCUCAGACCCCAUCUCCAGACCCCGGAGUUGUUCCCCCGGAGCGACCGAACUCUUCUACUCCACGCACAUCUCAGUCGGACGUCGGCGGUGAGGCCGGUUCGCGCAGAUCCCGCUCAAAACGCAAGCAGAGCCGCCAUGGUCGCCGCGAAUCCCCCAAACCAACACGUGCUAGGACUCUGUGGGAGAAGAUGACACCACAAAUGUUCCAUUCCACAACGAAGAAGAAGAAAAGAAAGUGA